AUGGAAACUUGUAAGAUACUAAUUGCAGCCUCCCAACCGUCUAGGAGUCAUAGAGCAGGAGGAUUCUAUAUGAGAUUGAAGGCAGUUAGUUUCUGGAAUGAUGUAACGUUGCAUGAUCAAAAUGGAGGCGCUAAUGAGCAAAAUGUUGAUCAAGGUGGAGGCGCUAAUGCGCAAAAUGUUGAUCAAGGUGGAGGCGCUAAUGAGCAAAAUGUUGAUCAAGGUGGAGGUGCUAAUGAGCAAAAUGUUGAUCAAGAUGGAGGCGCUAAUGAGCAAAAUGCUGAUCAAGAUGGAGGCGCUAAUGAGCAAAAUGUUGAUCAAGAUGGAGGCGCUAAUGAGCAAAAUGCUGAUCAAGAUGGAGGCGCUAAUGAGCAAAAUGCUGAUCAAGAUGGAGGCGCUAAUGAGCAAAAUGCUGAUCAAGAUGGAGGCGCUAAUGAGCAAAAUGCUGAUCAAGAUGGAGGCGCUAAUGAGCAAAAUGCUGAUCAAGAUGGAGGCGCUAAUGAGCAAAAUGCUGAUCAAGAUGGAGGCGCUAAUGAGCAAAAUGUUGAUCAAGAUGGAGGUGCUAAUGAGCAAAAUGUUGAUCAAGAUGGAGGUGCUAAUGAGCAAAAUGUUGAUCAAGAUGGAGGCGCUAAUGAGCAAAAUGUUGAUCAAGAUGGAGGCGCUAAUGAGCAAAAUGUUGAUCAAGAUGGAGGCGCUAAUGAGCAAAAUGUUGAUCAAGAUGGAGGCGCUAAUGAGCAAAAUGUUGAUCAAGAUGGAGGCGCUAAUGAGCAAAAUGUUGAUCAAGAUGGAGGCGCUAAUGAGCAAAAUGUUGAUCAAGAUGGAGGCGCUAAUGAGCAAAAUGUUGAUCAACAUGGAGGCGCUAAUGGACAGAAUCAUGAUCAAGAUGGAGGCCGGCCAAUGAAACGACCGAAGAUAUAA